ACGGACGAACGCCCGCAGCCGUGCUGGGGACCGCCCCUGCGCCGCAUGCACUGCCCUGCCUGCCGGGGCCCAGGCGCAGAGCCGCACUGCAGACUGGGCUGGACACAGUAGCAGCAAUGCUGCAGGUAAGGUGCGGCUGGGCCACAUCCUCCGACCCUGCUGCGUGCUGGAACACCGGGGCCCAGCGUGGUGGACGCCCCCACGUCCCUGUUCUAGCUGCCUCUCUCCUAGCGCUGAGCACGGCUGAUAUAACAUGGGGUGUGCCAGCGGCUGGCCGGGGGCUGCCCUCGCUCUCCUGCUGCUACUGCUGCUCAGCCUCCUGGCGCUCUGCUUGGCAGCACUGGAGGAAGUGGACCCCACCACUGACAGGCAGCCGCGAUCAGCCUGCACCCUGCAGGAGGGGGAGAGUCGUAUCUUCACCUGCUGGUUUCCCUGGCCAGCCCCCGGUGCCACGCUGGCCUGGUACCUCAACGGUCAGAAACGGGAAGUCAACCUCUCAACUGCAGACAUUGCCAGCAUCCUCACCCUCACCGGCCAGCGUUCCGACCACCAGCUCAACUGCUCCCCGACCAUCCCAACUUCCAGUGAGACCUACAACACCUCCAUCCUUCUCAAUGUGCAGUGUAAGGUCCACCGUGCUGGCCUGCGGAUGGAGGGAGGGUGUGUGGGGCUCUCAUCCAGCUCUGGCAGGACCAUAACCUGCAUCCAUUGCAGCCAUAGCAUGGCAGCAUCUUGCCAGUCCUGUGCAAACAAGGUAGACAAGUGUUCCCAGACCCAGGUGAGACAAAUUCUGCUCCUAGCUGGGUUGUCCCCAUCCCUCCUCCCCAUCUCACUGCCUGUUUUUUACCCAGAUAAGCCAGAGAUCCUGCAGGAAGGUGCCUACUACCAGCAGUUUAAGGGCGCUGGCCUUCUCCUGGUGCUCUUUGUGCUGGUACAAGUCAACCCACCUGCCAGCAUCACCUGGAUGGACCAGCAUGGGCAUGUGAUGGCCAACACCUCCAAGUUUCUCCUCCUGGGUGCCACAAGCUACCCAGGCCUGGCCAACCACUCACUCCACAUCCAUCUCAACUGCACAGCUGGAAACCUCUCCAUCAGUGCAGCCAACAGUGUGGGCAUCACCACUGCCUCUCUCCUGCCCACAGGUGCAGGUCUUCUGGAUGCCCGUGUGGAGCUGCCUGUCCUGGGUGUUGCCGUUGGAGCAGCCCUGGCCCUAUCCGCCCUGCUCAGCCUGGGCUCCUGUGCUGCCUGCCUGGCAUGCCGCUUGCCCAAGCUUGUGCGUGGUCCGGGGCAAGAAGGACCCAGCCCACCCAGCCAGUGCUCCUAUUGCAGCAGCUCUGAGCCCCCACAGCCCCAGGGCACACGUCUGCCCCGCCAGACCCAGUCCCUGCCACCCAACCUGUACCUUGGUGACCUUGCGCAGGAAGAUGGAGCUUCCCCCAAGGAUGCAGGAGCCAGUGCUAGGGGAGAAGAAAGUGCCCUGCUGGGACUGGAAAACUCCCUGGUCCUCAGCAAGCUUGGUUUUAUCCAGCUCCCAAUGUCUGGGCGCAUCUACAAAGUGCCCAGCAUGAGCAGUGAGGAGAUCUGGCUGUGAGCUGCAGUGUGGUGCCCAGGAGCCAGGGCUGUGGCAGCCUCCGGAGCCAAGCAGCUGAGGGUGCCAGGAAGGCCGUGAUGGAAGUGGCAGCUGACCAGCCCCAGCUCUGUGCUGUGCAGGGCUUGGGAGCUGCACCGUCAGCCAAGGCAUGGUUUUAUGUAGUCCCUGAACUUUACUGAUAUUCUGUUAUAAUCAAAACGCAUCAAAACUGUUUAUAGCCAGGCUCUAGCACUGCGAUUCCUCUUGGGGUAAAGCCAAGCACCAGCUUUGCUUUAGCAGGUUUGUGACUUGCUGCAUGAUCUUCUUUGCCCCUGUCCCUGCUGCUGUGGCAGACAGGUGGGAGGUCAAUGGAGCAGGGGCUGAGGAGAGCUGUCCCAACAGCAAUAAACUGAAUCCAAGCA